AUGGCGUCUGACACUGACACAGUGACUGGCGACACAUCUUCUGCAGGUUUCGACUACGACGAUUGGUCAGAUGUGAUCGAAUUGGCCGGUCGACUCCUGACGACAUUCCGGGUGGGCUUUUCACUCGUCACCAUCAUCUUGGUCGUCGGCCUGGUCGCCAACGGGUUCAUUCUCUAUGCCAUCUUGCGAAGUAAGAAGUUACGGAAUACUGUCUACAACGUGUACAUCGUCAGCCUCUCUGUUUCAAAUUUUAUUUUUCUUCUUGUCUGGGGACUGACCGAUGCAGUCAUUUACGGGAUAUAUCUUCACAAGCAAGUGUUCCACGUCGUAACGGACUCGAGUAUUAGGAAACUGAUCGAAGCAUGUGAAUCGAGUACUAUGGUGAUUAAUUGUUUCAUGAUAACGGCACUGGCAGUGGAUAGAUACGCCAUCGUAGCACACCCUCAGGCUCUGCAUAACAGGAGAACUGUAAAGAACGCCCUCAUCGGCUGUGGCAUCGUCUGGGCAGAUUUGACAGUAAAGACUAACUUGACUGAGCCAUAA